UGUUUUCUGGGUUUGUCUAUUUCAUCAUUCAGUUGGCUUUAAUUUUAAUUUUAAUUUCAAUUUCAAUUGCAAAAUUGAACCUAUGUUUUUUUUGUGGGGGACAAUAAAAUUAAAAAAGUAUCAUUUUUUGACCUCACUUGUAAAUGGGUUUGUCUUAUUUUUAUUGGAAGUGAAGACUUUUUCAAGCUUUUUCGAUUCCCACUGUUGGUGUUUGUGUGUAACUGUUUUUUUCAUCUUGAUUUCAUUGGUAACAGUAAAAGGAAAAAAAAAAAGGUUCUUUCUUGUUGAAAAGGGCCUUAUUGCUUUAAGUCAGUGAGAGAAAAAUCAGAAAAUUAUUUCUAGUUGUUGAUGUCUUUUUUAUUAGAUUUUGGAAUCUUAUGCAAACCCUUAUUACCCCUUUGCUUGGAAGAUAGAGGAAGGAAUAGGGUAAAAGAUUUUUUGUUGAUUGAAUUCUAAAAAGUGUAAUUGAAAUGGAAGGUGAUAUAUUUGGAGAAUUAGGUGAUACUAGUCAAGUAGAUAGCAGACUUUUACAAGUUUUUCAGAAGAGUUUGUUGCAAGCACAAGAUAUUUUGAAUCAAAAUCGGCUUUUAAUCAACGAGAUAAACCAAAAUCAUGAGUCUAAGAUCCCUGAUAAUCUGAGCAGGAAUGUCGGUUUGAUUCGAGAGCUGAAUAGCAAUAUCAGAAGGGUGGUUGAUCUUUAUGCCGAUCUUUCGAGUUCUUUUACCAAGUCGCGCGAAGCUUCGUCUGAAGGAGACUCGAGCGGAACUCUCAAGUCUGAUGGAAAAGUCAAUCAGAAGAGAAUUAGAUCAAGUUAACAGGUUGAAUUUUGAGGUUUCAUAUGAGGUAGUGAUGUAAAGAAGUUUCUUCUGAUGCUGGAAUGAAUUUUUCUGGUGAGACUAUAUGUAAUGUAACUUCUCCAAGGUUUCUUCUGUGUCAAGUUUUUUCAAAAUUGGUUUUUUAUGUUUAGAAGGCACAGAGAUUUAGUUGAUAAUCUAAUUAAUGUAGCAUCAAUUAAGGACUUCACAGUUGUGAUUUCCUGUUACACUGUUAGCAUCAUGAAAUGAAACAUGUUAAUGGCCCAGUUAAUCAAAUUUCCAAGAUUGAACUUCUUA